CGCCUUCUCACAUUAAUUGAAGAAAAAUCAAAGGAGGCGCGUGUAAUGCACGCCCCUCAGUCCUCUGUUAGGGCUUUCUCUUCCUCCGUGGUCGUUGGCUGAUACGGCUCCUGGGCGACUUCGCUGUGGUUGUUGUUCGUCGAAUCCGAUCUACGUUUGAUCAGAUUACGUCCUGUCGAAUCUUAAUCUAGUUGGUACAAGGGGAAGAGAUCAAGAAACAUGUUUGGGCGUAAGAAGAUACCAUCACUGGUAGAUCUUUGUGUUCAGAAAACAAUCGAUAAUGUGAGGUACUUAGGAAACGUUGGUGAAACUGAUGCGCAUCUGCUUGAGCGAAUAUUGCCACACUGCACACUUGAUCAAUUGAUGCAUGUGGAAAAGUCAACUGAAGGAAGAGACCUGAGUCCCAUAACUGAUAAGUUAUGGAAGAGAUUUUUUGAAAAGGAGUUUGGUACACAUUGUACUAAUCAAGUAGUUAAAAGAAUGAAAGAUAAGAAAGUGACAUACAAAUGGAUACAGUUAUAUGAGGCAAAACUAAAGGAAGUGGCUGAAGCUGAGGAUAAAGCAGUUGAUCGAUUGAAGCAACGAUACAAGAAAUUAGAUGACCGGAAACAGAGUAGGCAAGUAAGGCUAUGCACCAAAGUUCCGCCUUCAAGUAAAAGAAAAUUUUGGGGCGAUGGAGCAUCUAGCUAUAAUGUAUCACAUUUGAAGAGCAACAUACUGAAGAAAUCAAAGAUAGAAUAUCUAAAGAGUCCUGAAGUGAAAAACCUUGCAGCAAUGAAGAAAAAUUCUAUCCAAAGGAGUCAGAGUUCGCCAAGCAUGAUCAAGAAAGGAGGCAUUUCUGGAAGUGGUUCAACUUCAAAACGCCCACUUCUAUAGCAAGGGAUACAUCAGUAGGACUUUGUAAUGGUCCUGGAGGAGAGAUAGCAAUACUAUGUAUCAUAAUUUCCAGUUAUAUUUCUAGGAAAGCUUGGCCUCUUUUUCCAAGCCAAUUAAUUCUAAAUUUCGUUGCUGAUAUUUAUAUUUCCCAUGUAGAUGCAUGUUCUGUAACUUGUUACUCUAUUAUUUUCCUUAUAAAAGUCAAAUAAUUUUUCAUA